AUGGAGGUCGAGAGAGUGAACAAGUAUGGGAAUAUAGAAUCGGAUAGUGAGUCGAUGUUGAUGAUAAAGGGGUCUUCCAAACUGAUCAUGGCAAAUUUUUGGCUUAGGGUCUUAUUGUUAGCUUCAUCACUUUCUGCCCUACUGCUCAUGGUUAACAGCACACAAAUCAAACUUAUCCUCACACUAUUCGGCGAUGUCUCCGUAACAGAGAAAUACACAGGCUUCCCGGCCCUCGUAUACAUUGUUGUUGCGCUUUCAAUAUGUUUUGCAUAUAGCUUCAGUACAAUAUGUGGAACCAGAUGGAUCCUUAAGAAGGAGCGUUGUUCCUCCAAAACACUCCUCAAGUUCUAUUUGACACUUAUUGUCACUGACGUGGUAAUGGUUGGGGUUGUGGCCGCAGCCACCGGUGCAGCUGGUGGCAUUGGUCUUUAUAUGGGGCUGGAGGGCAAUCCUAAUGAAGGAUGGAUAUGCGAGGUUUUUACCAAGUUUUGUACCAACGUUGGGGUUUCAAUUAUAUUUUCAUUGUUCGCUUCCGUUCUUCUUGCCGUGCUUGUUGUCUUCUCGGCUUUCUCGAUUUAUCGCCUCGCUCACAAAGCAUUGAAUUUGAACUAG